UUCCGGUGUUGUGAGCAAUGUAUUUGUUGUGCUAUUUAAAGGGGAAAAAAACACAAAAAAAAUUCCUGUGAGAUUAAUUAAUUAAUUUUAACCAUUGCAUUAAAAUGCCGAUCAAAAUCUAUAAUCGAAACCCAUAGAGCGUCAUGCCCUCGCGCAUUUUGAUGGCGAUCUAGCACUCUGGACAGUUGCAUCAGUUCCUGUGUGCGCGUGUAAAUGGCUAUGCCGUGGCUGCUGCUCCACGCUACUUUUUAUUCCCAGGUCGCAGAAUAGUCAUAAAUCGUCCUCUGCUAGGAAAGGCUGUGAUCAUAAUAAAGACGUCACCCUCCUUGCUCGGGUUGGCUCGACAGUGCGCAGCUAUUUGUAAGCUACAACAACAACAACCUCCAGCACCAUGCCUAUGGAUAACGCAGGGCAUUCUCUGAGAUCCCCUCGCCGUGUGGACAAGAGAUCUGCGUCAGAUCCAUAAGAAAUACCGCUUUUAAUUGCUCCGGAUAUCUCGACUCGACUGUAAAAAGAAAAAAAGAACCAAAAAAAAAAAAAAAACCCAGACAGGGACUUGAUCGCGUUGCGAUCUUUUCGCAACAAAUAGGACGCAAGCCCGUGGAUUUGAAGAGAGUCAUGGAGGAAACAGCUGCUGCAGCUCCGGCGCCUGACACGGAUGCUGCCCCACCAGCCCCAAAACCUCAGCCUUCCUCCUUUGUACCGUCCCGCAGCCUGCUGGAGUGGAGACGGAGGGUCAAGUCUGAGUACAUGCGCCUUCGCCAAUUAAAACGCCUUAAAAAAGUAGAGGAGGUCAAGACCCUGUUCAUGUCCAACAGGCAAAAGAUUGAGCAGCAGACAAAUCUCCUGAAUGAAGAGUGGUCCAGGCUCAGGAUUCAGUCCAUCCCUCUGUCAACGUCUGGUGGAGCUCUGGCCAACAAGAAGAUGUGCACGGUGGAGUUUGGCUUCCCAGAAUUCAAAGCUCAAGCCAUUGCCAUGAGACCACUGUCUACAGUGGCAGGAAUCCCCUUCAUGUACUCUUGGUCGCCUCUGCAGCACAACUUCAUGGUGGAGGAUGAGACAUUCCUUCACAACAUCCCGUACAUGGGCGACGAGGUGCUGGAACAGGACGAGGCCUUCCUGGAGGAACUCAUCGACAACUACGAUGGUGUCCAUGGUGACAGAGAGGGGGGGUUCAUCAGCGACGAGGUCUUCAAAGAGCUGGUGGAGGCCUUGAGCCAGUACUCUGACCACGAGGAGGAGGAAGAGGAAGAAGCAGCGGUGACGGCGGCAGAGGCCGUGGCGGAGGUGACGGUAAAGAAGGAGGACGAGAGAGCGAUGAGGAGGAGCUCGGCGGAGGGUUCGGAAGAUGCCAAACCUGGCGCUGUGGCAUUUGUCAGGAGGAAGAGGAGGAGCACCACUGAGGUGAGGGACUCGUCCAGCAUCAAGAAGGUCCCCAACGAUAAGAUAUUUAACGCCAUCGCCUCAAUGUUUCCUUACAAAGGCACCACGGAGGAGCUGAAGGAAAAGUACAAGGACCUCUUGGAGCCCCCCCGCCCGGUGAAGCUGCCCCCACUCUGCACCCCCAACCUGGACGGACCCUUUGCUAAGUCUGUACAGCGGGAGCAGUCGUUACACUCCUUCCACACGCUCUUCUGCAGACGUUGCUUCAAAUACGACUGUUUCCUCCACCCUUUCCAUGCUACACCCAAUGUUUACAAGAGGAAGAAUAAGGAGAUCCGCAUAGAGACUGAACCAUGUGGUGUAGACUGCUUCCAGUUAGAGAAAGGGGCUAAAGAGUUCGUGGAUCAGAAUAUGCUACGGUCGCAAAGGUCUCGGAGGCGCCGAAAGCAACAGCGUCCCACCAGCUCCAGCUGUCCUGGACCGUCUGCGUCUGUUGAGGAAGGACAAGAGGGCUGCAGUGACCAUGAAACCACCACCUCCUCCUCAGAGGAGAAUUCGCGAUGCCAGACUCCCACCAAGCCACGUCCAGGGGAUGGUGACGGGGAGCAGCAGGCAGGCUGUGCGGUCCAGUGGAGCGGGGCGGAGGAGUCACUGUUCAGAGUGCUACACGGCACAUACUUCAACAACUUCUGCUCCAUCGCUCGCCUCAUCGGCACGAAAAACUGCAAGGAGGUGUAUGAGUUUGCAUUGAAGGAAGUCCUCAUCCAUCGUGUUCCUUUAGUCGACGGAGGCGUCGCGCCCCAAAAGAAGAAGCGGAAACACAGGUUAUGGGCAAAGAUUCAGCUCAAGAAAGAUAACUCGUCCAAUCAGGUGUACAAAUACCAGCCAUGUGAUCACCCCGACCAUCCGUGCGACAGCUCCUGCCCGUGUGUGAUGACCCAGAAUUUCUGUGAGAAGUUCUGCCAGUGCGAGCACGAGUGCCACAAUAGAGCACGGCAGCAGAAUGUAAAACGACUCUGCAGUAUUCUGGCAGUGGCCAGAGGAGAAACUGUCCUCUGGCCGGGGAUAGGCCAGAACCGCUUCCCAGGCUGCCGGUGUAAGACGCAGUGCAACACUAAACAGUGUCCGUGCUACCUGGCCGUGAGGGAGUGUGACCCAGACCUGUGCAUGACCUGCGGCACUGCAGAUCACUGGGACAGCAAAGCCAUCUCCUGCAAGAACUGCAGCAUCCAGAGAGGCCUGAAAAAGCACCUGCUUUUGGCUCCAUCAGAUGUCGCCGGAUGGGGCACCUUCAUCAAAGAGCCGGUUCAAAAGAACGAGUUCAUCUCUGAAUACUGCGGAGAGCUGAUCUCCCAGGAUGAGGCGGACCGACGCGGAAGGAUCUAUGACAAAUACAUGUCCAGCUUCCUGUUCAACUUGAACAAUGACUUUGUCGUGGAUGCCACGCGUAAGGGAAACAAAAUUCGCUUUGCAAAUCAUUCAGUUAACCCAAACUGCUACGCAAAAGGUAAGACUGAAUCAGUUUGUUUUACUACGGAGUCAAACGUGAGUUUAGAUUACUUUUGUGGGAUGAAAGCAUGUCUUUCGUUGGCUAAUGCUGUGUUUGUUACCAUUGCAGUGGUAAUGGUAAAUGGAGACCACCGCAUUGGUAUCUUUGCCAAACGAGCUAUCCUGCAAGGAGAGGAGCUCUUCUUUGACUACAGGUAGAGUCACAGGCCUUUUAGUGACUCCAGCAGGUUCGAAAUACAGCCAAGCGGAUGCCCUCAAAUAUGUGGGAAUAGAAAGGGAGGCCGACAUGGCGUAGCUACACCUGCUGCCUACCUCCGUAACCGUUCCCUCAACCCUUCAGCCGCCCACUGAUGCUUCUUUCCCUCUCCGUAGCGCCACAUCUAGCUGACGAGUUUCAAUGAACAGUCGCUGUCUCUGCCCUCUCUGCUGCACUUCUAAAAAUAGAGAGUCCCCCCCCCCCCCCACCA